AUGGCUCCCCCACGAGGAAGAGGUGGUUUUCGUGCUAGAGGCCGAGGCCGUGGUGGAAGAGGCGGUACUACUAGGAGAAACAACUUUGCUGCUUCGCGAUUGCACGAUGCUGAAUCGGACGAAUCCUCCGGCGAUGAUGCGCCCAGCGGCCCUGUUGAUGAGAGCAUUGGAGAUGACACUCUGAUGGACGAGGGCUCGUCUAGUAGUAGCGAGGAAGAGGAAGAGGAGAGUAAUGGUCGCCCUUACAACGAAUUGCUCGAGCUGCUCCACGCCAACUCCGACUCGACAGGUCCCGCUCGCAAGCGGAGAAAGGUUGCCAAUGAUGGCAAGGAGGAGGUUCAGACUGCUCCAGUCGAGGAAGAGCCUGAUCAAGGUGAAGAUGCGCUACAGGAACAGGCUCCGUCUGAUGACGAAGAUGAUGCCCAGGAAGAGGAUGAUGACGAUCACGUCGGGCCUUUUGAGAAGCACUUCAACCUUCCGGAGAGCGCAGACAUCACCAAGAAGAUUGAGUCAAUCACCGCCAAUAAAUGGAUCUCGGCGAAGAAGGAAGUGGAUGGCCUCCGGUUGGUGCAUAGCAUUCCCGACGUGGGAGCAGAGAAGGCAUCCUUACUACCGGCCAUGAAGAGCACGGCCAAUCUCAAACUCAAAAAUAAGUUGAAGCCCCGUGCCGCAGAGCUGCUCCCCAACAUCACCGGCCCGGCCCAGCAGAUCGCGCCCUAUGUAUUCGAAUACCAAGAUGUUCUUUUCGGCAACCGAACAGCCUCUUCCGCAGAUGAUAUGCGGGAGAUUAUGGCUCUCCACACUGUAAACCAUCUUAUCAAGACCCGAGACCAGGUGCUUAAGAACAAUGCACGCCUGGCGAAAGACCCCGAUACCGAUAUUGAGUGCCGUGACCAGGGUUUCACCCGUCCCAAGGUCCUUUAUAUUUUGCCAACUCGACAGGCAUGUGUUCGAGUGGUCGAGGCGAUUUCACGAUUCUACCAGGCCGAGCAGCAGGAGAACAAGAAGCGCUUCACAGACUCUUUUUCGGCUCGCGACGACUCAUCAUUUGACAACAAGACCGAUGACUUCCGUGAGCUGUUCGGCGGCAACGACGACGACAUGUUCCGACUGGGAUUGAAGUUUACUCGAAAGACGGUCAAGUACUUUGCGCAGUUCUACAACUCGGACGUUAUCUUCGCCAGUCCCCUUGGUCUGCGAACAAUUAUGGACCAGGCCGAUGCCAAGAAGCGCGAUCAUGACUUCUUGUCUUCCAUCGAAGUCGUAGUAGUCGACCAUGCUGACGCCCUUCUCAUGCAAAACUGGGACCACAUGACAUACAUCUUCCAGCACUUCAACCUGCAACCCAAGGAAGCCCACGGCUGUGACUUCAGCCGGGUCCGCAACUGGUACCUAGACAACCAAGCGCGGCACGUCCGGCAAACGGUCGUGCUAGCAUCCUACAUCACCCCCGAGAUCAACUCCCUCUUCUCAACACACAUGCAAAACACCGCCGGUCGUGUCAAAAUCACCCCAACCUACGCCGGCGCCAUCACCGCGCUACCCCUCCCCGUCUCGGUCAAACAAACCUUUUCCCGAAUCGACAGUCUCUCUCCAGCAAAGGACCCAGACGCCAGAUUCAAGCACUUCACCACCACCAUCCUAUCCAACCUUGUGAAGAGCAUCACCGGACGAAACAAGAAUAGCGCGGGCACUUUGAUCUUCGUCCCCUCGUACCUUGAUUUCGUCCGCGUGCGCAACCACUUCGCCACCUCCGCUCAAACUACUAAUGUCUCCUUCGGCGCUAUUUCCGAGUACACCGAGCCGCGCGAGAUCGCCCGCGCCCGCAGUCAUUUCAUGUCAGGUCGUCACUCCGUGCUUUUGUAUUCUGAACGUUCGCACCAUUUCCGUCGGUACCACCUGCGCGGCGUGAAGCGCGUGAUCAUGUAUGGAUUGCCCGAGAACCCGACCUUUUACCAGGAGAUCGUCGGGUUCCUGGGUCUAGACCCGGCGGCGUUGGUCGAGGCGGCUGAGAGUGGUGUCCGCGUGUUGUUCUCCAAGUGGGAUGCUCUAAAGCUGGAGCGUGUGGUGGGAACCCCGCGUGUGGGAAAUAUGAUGCGUGAGAAGGGUGGAGAUACUUUUACUUUUGUAUAG